AUGGCUCUCUGUUCUCAUAACAAGUAUUAUCAUAGUGCUCAUAUCAGGCAGUUCAUUAGCAAAUCUUCACAUAUUGACAGAUCCGCAUUUAUCAAUGAUAGUGAACUCAAUGUUGAAUCAUUGAUCAAGAACUUGGAGAGCGUGAUAAUGAAGGAAUUGCCUGUGUUAUGUAUAGCCGGGUCUCCCGCGUCCCUCUCUGCUCUCUCUGUUUCUUUCUCUGCUGCUCUCUCUCAAUCUUCUACACCUGCCCCUGUGUCUGGUUCUCCCACUCCCGCUACCUCUGUUCUCACAAUCCCUGGUUUUGCUGUCUCUGCCUUCAUUAUCAGCUCUCCCCAUUUCAAGGAGAUGUUAUAUAGACUUAAUGAAUCAUCUCUUUCAAGAAUCAUCUUUCUUCUCAACAGUGUUGAGAUUGUAAGGAAAAUCAUUAUGGGUUUUACUGUGUAUAAAGUCAUGAUAUUCACAGAUAUCAAGAAACUUUUCAUAACUGUUAAAUUCAAUAUUGUGAAGAAUAUCUGUGUUUUCAGAAAUGAGAACACAGAUAUUGUUCUCUUUUACACCUUUGAUGAUUAA